UAGGGCAACGCGAGAGCUAGCUCGACACGGUUCAAGAUUUCCUCAGAUUCAAUGAUACGAUCCUCCUCCAUGCACACUUGCACAGGGCCACAGGCGGCACAGCUAGCACAGCGGUUGGUGGUAGCUGGUAGUGGUAGUAGUUCAUCCGUGCUCCUUGCUGUCUGCUGUGGUGGCCUCGCUGAGUCGCAGGACCUCCAUGGCCCCUUGCCCCGCCUGCACUGCAACGGCCAACGGCAACCUCAUGUGAUGACUGAUGAUUAACUAUACUACUGAGUACUGACAGUGGCCCCACGCAUGCUCCCUCCCUCUAUCCACCUGCUUUCCAUGCGAAGGCUGACGCUCCCACAUCUUUUUUCCAUUUCCACACUGAACGCUGAGCGACGGGCGCUCUUUCUUGGCCUCUGAGGUUUCUGGCUGUAUGUAGGAGUACGCGGUAUACACGCCCCAAGAAAGAUGUUUCUUCUUCCAUGGCGUCGGUGAUCGGUCUCCGUCCGCUCUCCCCAACCUCCCAUGCUUUCAGUUUCAGGCGGCAUGCCCCAUGGUGACUCGGUGAGCAGGACGAUUCGUUUUCGUCCACGAGUCACAACGUACGUCUUGGUAAACGUCCUGGAACAGUGUGCGCACACAAAGACCCACGCGUGCUCGCCUCUGGUUCUGGGUUCUUCACCCAAACAGCAAGGACAACAGGCAUUGGAUUCGGGGCAACGAUAGCCUGCUACUUCUUCCUCUGCCAUGGGCAAUUGGGGCAUGGCAUGGCAGCUCGCUUCUGCGCCACUUUACACUCCACUGACCACUGCCUCUCGCCUUUGAAGCAUACAAAGGAGUAAACAGCUUCACCUACCGGAAUGUACUCCUAUCCUAAUUCUUGGUAAAGUAGAGUACAGUACUCUAGUAGCCUGGUACUGGUAGACCAGCAGCUCGGGCGGUGAGCCGGCGAGUCCGUUUCGCGGCCAGUCUGGGUCGUUGAGCGGCAAGUCGCUGUCGAGAAGUGAGCAAUUGCAGGAGUCUUGCAGGUUCUUCCGGCGGGGUCGGACGUGAAUCCGGGCUCCGGCCAGCACGGGGAGGAUGAUGGACGGAUCGAGGCAGCAGCGGCAGAGGAGGGGAUCGCCAGCGCCGGGGAGGCCGCGCACCGUGCCGAUCGCCGUCACGCCGGAGGGCUUCUGGUGCUGCCCGUCCCCCGCCGCGCUGCACAAGAGCCUGCUCAAGAACCCGCACCACCACCACCACCACAACGCCAAGCAGGCGCCGACGCCUAAAACCCCCUCGGCCCCUCCGUCCAGAGCCCCCUCGGUCCAGACCGCGACGUCCGUGACCGACGACGUCGACGACCCCGCGCCCGCCGUGGCCGACCACCACCACAGCCAAGCGGCCGCCGAGGCUCCGGCGCCGGCCACGCCACCACAGCACAAGGUCUGCGUCGGGUUCGGGCGGCCGGAGACCAGCGACCUGACGGUGGUGCUGUACGGGAAGGAGGGCGUCGCGGUCAGCAUGAGCGUGCACAGGGACGUGCUCGCCCAGAGCAGCGCCUUCUUCGCGCGGCGCCUCGCCGCCGACGGCCAGCCCUGCGUGGAGAUCCACGACUGCGAGGACGCGGAGAUCUACGUGGAGACGGUCGGCCUCAUGUACUGCGACGACGGGGCCAACAAGCACCGGCUGCUCAAGCAGAGCGUCCCGCGCGUGCUCCGCGUCAUGAAGGCCGCCGACGCGCUCGGCUUCCCCGCCUGCGUCAGGUCCUGCCUCGACUACCUGGAGGCCGUCCCGUGGGCCGGGGAGGAGGAGGAGCGCCGCGUCGUGUCCUCGGUCCGCCGUCUCCAGUGCACGGACGGCGCCGGAGUCAGCCCGCUGCUGAGGAGGGUCGCCUCCUCCGACUCCGGCUGUCUGAGACCGCCCGCCGACACGUUCGCGCACAUAACGGAGAUGGUGCUGGCGAGCACCGACGAGCGGGGCCGGCGCGAGACGAAAGCCCUGGUCUUGAGCCUCCUGAAAGACAGCACUCGCGGCCACGUCGGCGGCGGCGCCGACGGAUCACCACCAACACCGGGCAUCUCCUCUUCCGAGACGUUGUACGGCUCGUGCCGGGGCUGCCUGGACCGGCUCCGGCGGCUGCUCGCGGAAGCUUCGUCCGAGCCGGCGUACUCCGCCGCCGUCGCGCGGCGGAUCGCGCUGGAGGCCGACAACCUCGUGUGGCUGGUGGAGAUGCUGGUGGCGAGCCAGCGCGCCUGCGACGGCUUCGUGGCGCUGUGGUCGGGCCAGGCCGAGCUGGCCGCGUCGCACGCCGGAGCGCCGGCGGCGUCCCGCCACGCUGUGAGCCGCGUCACGGCGCGCCUGUUCGUCGGCGUCGGGAGAGGGGAGAUGCUCCCGCCUAGGGACGCCCGCCUGCGGCUCCUCCAGGUCUGGCUGCAGCCGCUCAUCGACGACUACGCGUGGCUGCAGCGCGCCGGCGGAUCCCGGCCGGCGGCGUUCGACAGGAGGCUCGUGGAGGACGGCAUCGGGCAGACGAUCCUGACGCUGCCGCUGGAGGACCAGAGGUCCUUGCUGCUGGCGUGGUUCGGCAGGUUCUUGAAGCUCGGCGACGAUUGCCCGAAUUUGCAGAGGGCGUUCGAGGUGUGGUGGAGGAGGACUUUCGUCAGGCCGUAUGCAUGUUCUUCGUCAGGCUGAUUCUGACGCGGGUGAUAUUUUGACAUCAGAUCAGAUAGAAGCUCAGCCUGAAAUGCUAGCGGCACUAGCUUAGCUGUUGAUCAUAGAUUGUUUGGGAGAAACCCUUUCUGAAUGUUGAGUGUAUUGUCUUCGUUAGUCCAUCUGACAUGAAAGUUGGCAAG